AUGAAUGCCAACUGCCCUUAUAAAAUCGCUUCGAUCAUGAAUUGCCGAAUCGCCCCAAUUGCUCGACGAAUCAAUCUUCAAAAGUACAAAAUCGGUCAGAUGCGCCGAGAAUCCGUACUCGCCAAACUCAUGGGAGUCACAGCAGUCCAGCCUUCAGUCGGCACUCCUCUUAUCCUCGCUUACGGCCUCACAGUCUACGGUGGCGUGCUCUUCGGGCUCAUGAAUCUUCCAGAACAAUGA